AUGGCAGUAUUGAGUAAACCCAUAUAUUCCAUCACUAUCCGCAAUGGGGCUAAAGGUUCUGAACAUUUCCUCGUGGACAUACUCGAUGAAUUGAAAGGAGCUAUCGGUUCCGAGGAGCGCGAUGCUGCUGCCCGCUUGGAGGCUUGGAAGCUUGCCAAUCUUACACGUGCCCAACGACUGGAAUAUCAGACUUUCUCCGAGGGGUUACAAAAGGCUCGCGGCGAGCUCAUUACAGCGCAACGCAACGAACAGGCGAUACAGGAUUCCCAGCUUGCUUUGGUCCACCACCAGGAGGAGGAGCUUGAAAGGGCGACCAACACGACACUUGAGAUACUGGAAUCAUACAGCGAAACCAUUCGCUACUGCGAAUAUCAAGAUCGUGGUCAACUUCCACAAUUCCACCGAAUGCUAUGA